GAUUAGUCGGGCUGCAAUAUGGACCAACAUCCAAUGGAAAACAAAAAAAACUUCUCUUUUUUUCGUAGUUCUCUCAAUCAUUUUUCUAUUGUUUAUAUACCAAUUUUUUUCUCAUCUUCCCUAAUACUAAAUCCAGGAAUCACAAAAAAUGGCUGAUGAAGAAGCGAAAAUCGAAGCACGACCUAUCCAUAACUGGGCAGAGUUAACACAACUAUGCCUCAUUAACAUCCUCUCUCGUCUCUCAAUUGAAGACCUAUGGCGAAAUGCCAGGUUUGUCUGCAAGCAUUGGUUUCAAGCUUGUAAAGAUCCUAAACUCAAUUCAGUAAUCGAUCUCGAAACUCAGUUUCGUGAAUCGGACAAUGAGUCGAGGUCGAAUCCCGAAUUUGAACAGAAAAUCGAUUCUAUGAUUCGAUCUGUUGUAGGUUGGAGUGAUGGAUCGCUAACUCAUGUUCGUGUUAAGCAUUGUUCUGAUCGAUCCAUUGCUUUGAUUGCAGAAAGGUCACCGAACCUUCAAGUUCUCUCUAUCCCGAGCUGUCCACAUGUAACCGAUAAAGCAAUGUCUGAGAUAGCCUUUGGUUGCCCGUUGCUUAGUGAACUCGACAUCAGUUUCUGCUAUCAAAUAUCUCACAGGUCUCUAGCUCUUAUAGGACAGCAUUGUCCUAGUUUGCGGAUUCUGAGGCGAAAUCUCAUGACUCGGUUGUUUCCUUCCGAACAAGAAAGUUUUCUCCGUCCACAUCAUGGCGAUUAUGAAGCUGCUGCUAUAGGGAAAUUCAUGCCACAACUCGUGCAACUUGAACUACGAUUCUCCCCGAUGACUAGUAAAGGUCUAGCUUUGAUAUCCGAAGGGUGUGUAAACCUCGAGCAUCUGGAUCUCUUUGGGUGUACGAAUGUUACUAGCCGGGAUAUAGCAAAUGCUUCGUCAAGUCUGAAGAAGUUGAAAACCUUGAAGAAGCCGAACUUGUCGUUAGAAUCUAACACUGAGAGGUAUGGGCACUGGCAACUAUACGAUGAUCGAUUCCAAACGGACUUCUUCCGAAUCUAAUCGGGCAAAUAACGAGUGGCAAAUCGUUGUUCCACUGCUUUUAUAUCAUGCUUUCUGGUUGAUUACUUAGUAGAAAGGUAUUCAAUGGACUUUAGUUGUGUUGAUAUAUGUUAAUUUCCUGUUAUCUGUGAUUUGUUUUUCGCAA